AUGUCGGAGAAGACGCCGCGCGGCGCCGACACGCGGCCCAAAUCCGGCCUCCGCAGCUGGAGCGCAGACAGCUGCGUGUGGCGGGGGAAGAAACGCUCGCGCAGCGCUCGCAACGGGUCGAGUCCCGGGGGGCCGGAGGCGCCGGCGCAGGAGGAGCCGGGCGUGCGCUCCACUUCCUGUCCGAGGCGGCGCCGGGACAGGAAGUGCAGCUGCGGCGCUCUCGACGACAACGCGUUGACGUCCGCGGACAUCGAGGUGGUGUGUCGGAAGGCCUUGUCCCGGCGCUCCCUGCGGCAGAAGUUCCAGGACGCGGUGGGCCAGUGUUUCCCGCUGCGCUCCCACCACCACCAGCACCGCCAGCACCGCCCGCCGGGCUCCUCGCGGCCCUUCUCGGUGCUCUUCUGGUCCAAGCGCAAGAUCCACGUCUCCGAGCUCCUGCAGGACAACUGCCCCUUCUCGCCCAAAUCGGAACUGGCCCGAUGUUGGCACCUCGUAAAGAAUCACGCCACGCACAGCGGCGCCCUCAAACACAUGGAGGCUCCCCUCAGGCCCGACGCCUCGCCCUCCUCCACCUCCCCGCCGCAGACCCCUCUCUCCUGGGAGGACGUCUGCUGCUCCCCCGGGCCCGGAGGCACCAGCCUGGAGGACUGGGACCCCUCUGGUCCUCGCGGCGGAGCGGCCGAGGGCAGCUGCGGCCACACCGACUACAUCCUGGUCCCGGACCUGCUCCAGAUCAACAACAGCUCCUGUUACUGGGGCGUGUUGAACCGCUUCGAGGCGGAGGAGCUGCUGGAGGGCAAACCGGAGGGCACCUUCCUGCUCCGAGACUCGGCCCAAGACGAGUUCCUCUUCUCGGUCAGCUUCCGCCGCUACAGCCGCUCGCUGCACGCGCGCAUCGAGCAGAACGACCGGCGCUUCAGCUUCGACGUGCGCGACCCGUGCAUGUACCGGGACCCCAGCGUGACGGGCCUGCUGAGGCACUACAGCGACCCGGCCAGCUGCCUCUUCUUCGAGCCGCUGCUGUCGCGGCCGCUGCCGAGGUCCUUCCCCUUCACCCUGCAGCACCUGUGCAGGACCGUGAUCUGCAGCCGCGCCACCUACCGGGGCAUCGGCGACCUGCCGCUGCCCCCGCAGCUCAGGGACUUCCUCCAGCAGUACCACAUCAAGUGUAACGGCGCCUGCACCUUGUGA